AUGAAAGCAGCAGUGAAACCGUUUUCUUUACAGUGUUCGAACAUGGAUAGGCAGUCGUGGAAGGAACUAGUUUGCAUUCUUUGCUUGAGCAUAGCUACUAUGUGUCUUAUGAACGGCUAUGAUACUCAGUCGUUCAUUGUUGAAGCUGUUCUGCACUCAGUACAUAUGAGGGAACCGACCACGAUAGCUAAACACGCUGGAUAUUACGGGCAAGCGAUACUCUACGGGACUUACGCAGCUGCCACAGUGUUCGCGCCGUGGAUUUGUCUUCGUCUAGGAUCGAACUGGUCGCUGCUCGUCGGCAGUUUGCUAUUCACAACCUACCAUGCUGGAUUCUUUAUGCUCAACUCCUACUUCUACUACUUUUCGCAAGCAUUCAAUGGAAUCGGGUUUGCAUUGUACUACUCCGGUCAAGGCCUCUAUAUAUCCGAGCACUCAACUAGGUCCACCAUCACUCGUAAUUCAUCCUUGUAUGUUGUUGGGUGGCUUUGUCCUUUUUGUCAUUUUCUAUGUGAGCGAGAAUGUAACGGAAAUAUUCAAGACAGCAGGCAAUGCGGUCGCCACGAACUACAGGUGAUUUCUAGACCAGCGUCCUUUUACUACUGCGCGUUCUCUAAAUUUCACAAAAUCACCGUUAAGUUAAUGUUCAGAAAUUUUCUCGAUGCUGAGAUUUAUGCAAUAUAUGGUGUUCUACUCACUGUAACCGUUAUUUCGAACAUAAUUUUCACAAUCAUGUUAACGAUGAAAGCACGUGACGACAAAUUGGAGCCUAUUGAAAAAUCAACACUUCGCAGUCAACUUGGUGGGCACUUCUUCGAGACUGCAUGUGAACCAAAAAUGUUGCUGCUUUCAUUCUUUUUUAUAUUUUAUGGGCUACAUGUCUCUUUUUGGCUCGGUGCUUAUCCAACAACAUUUGCAUUCUCAAAAGCCUUAUCAUCGAAUAUUUACUUAUCGGCUUUCUACAGUGGUAUGGUUGGCUUAGGAAAUAUUAUUGGUACGUUUAACGUUCAAUACAGUGAAACUGUCUGUUGUAUCCUCGGGAUACUACAUGGAAUGAUCGACUGCUGCUCGUGUUCAAUGCGUUCGCUUAUUUGUACAAUAGCUCUUCCUCGGAAGAGACUUCAAGCAUAUUCGCUAGCAAAACUCUAUCAAGUCACUGAAUUGCACAUUAUUGUUUUUCUUCUGUCAUCCUAG